AUGGAGAAGAGCGAGCUGCGGGUGCGGUGGCUCGUGCUGUUUCUGUCCUGUGUGCUCAUGAUCGGCAACUACUACUGCUUUGACAACCCUGCAGCAUUGAAGAGUCAGCUGCAGCAGCACUUUAGCGCCAUCCCGAAAGACCGCUACGAGUUCCUUUUGUAA